AUGUCUACGAGUACCGAAGCCGGCAAUAAGGCUGCUGGUACUUGCGAGGUUUGUACCUCGGAACCAUUCAAAUACCGCUGUCCCACAUGUGGACUCCUGAGUUGCUCACUUGCUUGCACCCAAUCCCACAAGAUCUACUGCACGCCGAAAGCGCCGUCGCCCAAACCACCGCAAGAAGCAGUUGACCCGUCCCCUCAAGACCAAGACGAACCCAAUGGCUUGAUCGACGGCGAGGGGGCUCGCGAAACCCGAAAUGCCUUCAACCCGAAAUUCUUCGCGUCGUCUCCCGAGUUGAAACAAUUAUUCGACCAGUACCCAUCCCUUCGUGACGAACUGCAAGACAUCUACAAGGCCACACUAGAAGAAGAGUGGGUAGAAGUGCAAACACAUGGGAAUCGACAUCGAUCUUUCCAUCGGGGCAGAGGAGGCCCACGGAACCGAGGACCUUGGACUCGCGAAAAGGGCUUCAAUCGAGGUUUAGGAAAGGUUCGGAAGUUUAGAGAACGGUGUGAAGAGGGGUUGGAAACGGGGAAACCCGCGGAGGGGCUCAUGCGCUUUAUGAACCUGGUCAAUGGAGAGCAUCCUGAGGAAUCUGGGUGA